GCUUCCUAUCUGGAAGCCAAAUUCGUUGAUACCCACUUCCCACCAACCCCAACACUCAACAUCAUACCAUUAAUAAUCAAUAAAACUCUCAAAUUUCAAUACACACCUCUCUGCUCUGUUCUUCAAAAUGGCAAAGAAACCCCAAUUAAUCCCCAACGCCACUUGGGGAAUCCCAAUUCGAACCACUUUCCGAGCUGCCCUCGCCCUUUUAAUUGCCCUCCUCCUUGUCUCCGCCGUUUAUUUUACCCAAAACAGAGCCGCCCAAGUUCUCGAAAAUUACAGCACCGGCGGCGGCGGUGGCUGUGACUUGUUCACUGGGAAGUGGGUUUUUGACAAUGAGUCGUAUCCUCUUUACAAGGAGAGGGAGUGUGUUUUCAUGUCGGAUCAGUUGGCGUGUGAGAAAUUCGGGAGGGAGGAUUUGGGGUACCGGAAUUGGCGGUGGCAGCCGGAUGAAUGUGAGCUGCCGAAGUUUAAUGCGACGGCGCUGCUGGAGAGGCUGAGGAAUAAGAGGAUGGUGUUCGUGGGAGACUCGUUGAAUCGUGGGCAGUGGGUUUCGAUGGUGUGUCUUGUGGGCUCUGUUAUUCCGCCGCCGCUGCAGUCCAUGCAGAGUAAUGGGUCGUUGAUGAUGUUCAAGGCCACUGAAUACAAUGCGAGCAUAGAGUUCUACUGGUCCCCAUUGAUGGUGGAGUCAAAUUCGGACGAUCCAGUCAACCACCGAUUGCCAGAUCGGAUAGUCAGGGUGAAAGCCAUAGAGAAGCACGCAAGGCAUUGGGCCGACGCCCACAUACUCGUUUUCAACACUUAUCUUUGGUGGAGAAUACCCAAGAUUAAAGCCCUGUUCGGAUCGUUUGAAGAUUCAGAAACAAGCAAGUUGAAAGUAGUGAAGAUGAGACGCGGGUAUGAAAUGGCAUUAAGAACAUGGGCAGAUUGGUUGGAAGUAAACAUAAAUCCAAACAACACCCAAGUGUUCUUCAUGAGCAUGUCGCCCAUUCACGACAGAGGCGAGGAAUGGGGGCGAAGCAAAGCCCAAAACUGUUACGGCGAAACAGAGCAGAUAGCAGAAGUUGGAUAUCGAGGAAAUGGGACAGAUCCAAAGAUGAUGAAGAUAGUGGAAACAGUGUUAGCUGAGCUCAAAACAAGAGGAUUGAAUGUGGAGAUGAUCAACAUUACGCAGCUCACAGAGUAUAGAAAAGAAGCUCACCCAUCCAUAUACAGAAAGCAAUGGGAGCCAUUGAAGCCCCAUCAAAUUUCAAAUCCAACCUCGUAUGCCGAUUGCAUUCAUUGGUGUCUCCCUGGUGUGCCUGAUGUGUGGAAUGAGCUUCUUUAUGCUUAUAUUUUCCACCCAACCAAGCCUUCUAACCAAAAUUUGAAUUAGCUUUCUUCCAUCAAUUUUUGUGCAAACCCACCAUAAGAACUGGGUGAGUUGUGAGAAAAGGUCAAUAGAUUUAAAUGUGCUAAAACAAGAUUGUAAAAUGUUCACGUUCCAUCUAAAAAAAAGUGUAAAAUUUGAGAAGUUAAUUA